AUGGGAAGAAGAAACGUAAGCAUGAUGCGGUUAGGGCGAUGCGUGGCCUUUCUGGCCGCUGCAGCAUUCCUUUUGCCGUUCACCAUCUUACUUAUGGUGUUCGACCAACAGUACAACUUCACUUACAAUACCAAACGUGUCUUCUAUCAAGAGAGCGACUUCUAUAAAAUAAACGGGACGCUAUACGCGCCCGCAUUCACGAUAACAACCACUAGUGUACGGACCCAGUAUGUAUUCGAAAACGGCACUCACGAUGAAAAUCUUCUGCCUCGCGACAAGUUCCUCGAGGUCGGCGCGAGAAUGGAGGCUCGGAGAGAUUACUUGAGAAGCGAGUGCUCUAGAUUAGGUUUGGAUAGCUCCAGUCACAAAGCUUACGCUUGGGAAUACCUCAUCAAUAGGCAGUAUCAUGUUAUUUGGUGUAACAUUUUUAAAGCGGCGUCAACAUCAUGGAUGUACAAUUUCAAUCUAAUGGCGAAUUAUACAGCGGCGUUUUUAAAUAAAACAAAAAAGGUUCCCUUGGAACUAGCAAGAAAAAAGUAUGCAAGACCAACUGUGGAAAUGAUCAAGAAAGCUCAACCGGAUUCGAUUACAUUCCUAAUAGUGAGACAUCCUUUGGAAAGGUUAGCCUCGGCGUAUAAUGACAAAAUUGUGCACGCGUGGCCAGAGUCGUUUCACGAUAAAAUGGGUCACAGGAUUAUAAGAAAAUAUCGAAAGUAUUCGAAGGACAAAGCGGCACCUACUGAGCGGUACCCAGUAUUUGAGGAAUUCGUCGCGUACGUGUUGGAUGAAGCGAAGGCCAAGCGCACUCUCGACAUGCACUGGACUCCUUACACCAACUUUUGUACCCCCUGCAAGUUCAACUUCGAUGUGAUACUAAAAUUCGAAACUCUAGACGAAGAUCAACGAUUCCUGAUUCAAAUGGCGAGACUUCAGGAUGUCGUCAAGCCGGAGUGGCGCAACAGUGGAAAAGGCACGAAUACUCUUCAUAUCAUUAACCACCUUUAUUCAAGGCUAAAGAAAUCGCAACUCGAUGGACUUUAUAAAUUGUACAGAUACGACCUCCAACUCUUCAAUUACACAAUAGACAAUUAUUACGAUAUAGUGCAAGAUGACGAUAUGAGCAGUCAUGGAUGA